CUCGUGACGCGCCGCGCCGCCUGGGAAGUGCUGGGAUAGCGAUGGAGACGCCCGGCGCGCCGGCUCGGGCCCUGCAGCUGUCCGCCGCGUCAGGGCCCCGGAGGAAGCGCGCGGCGGGCGAGGCGGGGGCUGUGACGAGCAGGCAGCGGGUCCUGGACGAGGAGGAGUACAUCGAGGGCCUCCAGACCGUCAUCCAGAGGGACUUUUUUCCCGAUGUGGAGAAGCUGCAGGCUCAGAAGGAGUACCUGGAGGCAGAGGAGAGCGGGGACCUGGAACGGAUGCGCCAAAUUGCCAUCAAGUUUGGCUCUGCCCUGGGCAAAAUGUCCCGGGAGCCCCCGCCGCCCUACGUGACUCCAGCCACGUUUGAAACCCCCGAAGUGCACACAGGCCCCGGGGUGGUGGGUAACAAGGCCCGGGGCCGGGGCCGUGUCCUGGAGGAUGGCGAUGAUGCCUCGGGGUUUCGUGCUUGCAUCUCCCAAGCUGGUCCCUCUCCUGGGCAACUGCUCAGCCAGCCAGCUCCUCCUCUUCCUUCAGGAGAGGCCGGAGAGGAGGAGGAGAAGGAGCCCCUGCCCAGUCUGGACGUCUUCCUGAGCCGGUACACGAGCGAGGACAACGCCUCCUUCCAGGAGAUCAUGGAGGUGGCCAAGGAGAAGAGCCGGGCACGCCACGCCUGGCUCUACCAGGCUGAGGAGGCGUUUGAGAAGAGGCAGAGAGAGAGUCUCGCACUCCCAUCGGCAGAGCACCAGGCCAUCGAGAGCGGCCCGGCUGGCGUGGAGACCUGGAAGUACAAGGCCAGGAACUCCCUCAUGUACUACCCUGAGGGUGUCCCUGAUGAGGAACAGUUGUUCAAGAAGCCCCGGCAGGUUGUGCACAAGAACACCCGUUUCCUCCGGGAUCCCUUCAGCCAGGCGCUCAGCAGGUCCCAGCUGCAGCAGGCUGCCGCCCUCAAUGCCCAGCACAAACAGGGCAAGGUGGGCCCAGACGGCAAGGAGCUGAUCCCCCAGGAAUCCCCCCGAGUAGGCGGAUUUGGAUUUGUGGCUACCCCUUCUCCUGCCCCUGGUGUGAACGAGUCCCCACUGAUGACCUGGGGGGAGGUCGAGAACACGCCCUUGAGAGUCGAAGGAUCCGAGACGCCCUGCGUGGACAGGACACCAGGACCAGCCUUCAAGAUCUUGGAGCCUGGCCGCAGGGAGCGGCUGGGACUGAAGAUGGCCAAUGAAGCUGCCGCCAAGAACCGGGCCAAGAAGCAGGAGGCCCUGCGGAGAGUGACGGAGAACCUGGCCAGCCUCACCCCCAAAGGCCUGAGCCCAGCCAUGUCACCAGCCCUGCAGCGCCUUGUGAGCAGGACGGCCAGCAAGUACACGGACCGGGCCCUGCGGGCCAGCUACACACCAUCCCCUGCUCGCUCCACCCAUCUCAAAACCCCGGCCGGCGGGCCACAGACCCCGACAGGCACACCGGCUCCAGGCUCUGCCACACGCACCCCUCUCAGCCAGGACCCAGCCUGCAUUACGGACAACUUGCUUCAGCUCCCGGCCCGACGCAAAGCCUCCGACUUCUUCUAGGGCCAGGCCUGUGCUGAGCCCACAGGCAGCUCUCUGCCUAGCAGAGGACUCCGGCUUUCUGGAGACCCAAGCUUGGGCCAGAAGCAGUGAGCUUCCGGGAGCCACAGAGGGAAGGUGCUGGGCUGGCAAGGGACCAUCCCCGUGGCCCUCAGGGCGCACCUCAGGCCCCACUGAUACGUUUCUACUGCACCCCUGCCUGUUUGUAUUUAACUGUCAGUAAAGAGCACGCACAGUCUGC